AUGGUGAUAAUCAUUGUAUUGAUGGUGAUGCUGCUGAUAAUUUUAAAUACUCAGGAUGAUGAUGAUGAUGAGGAUGAUGACAAUAACGAAGGUGGUGGCGGUAAUGAUGAUGGCGGUGGUUUUGAUUAUGACGGGAAGGAUAGUGAUGACGGCGCCAACGAUGAUAACGGUAGAGCUGAUGAUGGUGACGGGGAUGACUGUAAUCGUGAUUACGGUGACGAUGGGAACGGUGUUGGUGAUAACGACAUUGGUGAUAAUGUUGAGAUGGAGAGUGGUGAUGAUGAUAGUGAUUAUGAUUGUGAUUAUAAUGAUAAUGGUGACGAUAAUGGUGGUAAGGACGGUAAUGGAAAUCGGGAAAACGAUGCUGGCAACGGGGUUAGUGAUAACGGUAGUGAUGGUGAUGAUGAUGGCGAUGGUGGUGGCAAUCAUGAAAGUGAGGCUAGUUGCCACGAUGAUGAUGAUGACAGCGGUGAUAGUAGUAAUCGUGAUAGUAAUGACGACGAUAACGAUGAUAGUGGUUGUCAUUAUAGUGAUAGCCGCUGUGAAGAUGAUGAUGUGAUUGACGUUGAAUAUCUAUUUCAAACUCACCAUCACGCGAUCGAUGACAAUAAUAACAAUAAUGACGUUGACAUUUUUGGUGAUGAUGACGAUGAUGAUAGUAAUCGGGAUAACGAGGACGGUGGUGGUGACAAUGAUGUUGAUGAUGGCGAUGAUGCCGAUGGUGUUAGUCGUGGUAAUGAUGAUAAUGAAUCUCAUGAAAAUGAUGCUGACGACGAUGUUAGUGAUAACGGUAGUGAUGAUGGUAGUGGUGAUGAUGACGAUGAUGACGAUAUGACAAUUGAUAACGAUAGUAAUGAUGGUGAUGGCCCUGAUGGUGACGAAAGCGCUGACGGUGGUAAUCGUGAUAGUUAUGGCAAUGAUGAUGACAAUUAUAAAAAUGAGGCUAGUGGUCACGAUAAUAAUGACGAUAACUAUAAUAGUGGUGAUGGUGAUUGUGGUGAUGAUGAUGAUAGUGAUAUUCGUGAUAAUGGUGAUGAUGAUAAUAACGAUGAUGUUGAUGGUAAAGGGGAAGAUGACGAUGGUGAUAGUGGUAUUACUGAUGGUAAUGAUGAUAACAGUGAUGAUGCUGAUGGUCUUGAUGGUGCUGGUGAUAUUCGUGGCAACGAUGAUGAUGAUGACGAUCGGGGUGGUAAUGAUGGUGACGAUGAUGAUAUUUGUGGUACCCGUGAUUAUGGUGACAAUCGUGGAAAUGAUAAAAGUGACGAUAGUUAUGAUAAUGAUAAUGGUGGUGAUCGUGAUGAUGAUGAUGAUACCACAAUGAUGAUGUUGAUGGCAGUGAUACCUGUUUAA